UAAACAUUAAUCCAAAAUCUUCAUCGAGUAAAUGCUAGUUUGAAAAACAUGUCAAACAGAGUAAGUUGGAUUCAGAGAUCACAUUCAGAGUAGAUUGGAUAGCAACCUUAGUUACUAUGUCUAAAUUGUAAUGUAAUAAUGUAGAACUCACAAAAUACUGGUGUCUAUAAAUUAUGCUUAGAUCUGACAUUAGAACAACAAUAUCUAUUAUCUCAAAGGAAACCUUAAAAUGGAAGGACUGUAUGAU